ACAAUUGUACGACGGCGCCAACGAACUCCAACUGUCAGUGUCAAGAUCUGUGGAGCAAAAGCAGUGACGCGCUUAGCAACAGAACGCUGACAUGUCACAUGACUCAGGGGGGGACAAAUUUGGCACGAGACCGUCAGCUUCCAUCCGGGUGUUUCCAGCAGGAGGCGCCAAUCCGCUAACGUGACGUCACGACGCGCUCGUCUCCAUGGGAGCAGGGAGGAAGCGGAAGUGUGUGCGGGUUUGUUUACAUUGUUUGUGUGGGACUGCGUGGGGUUGUUGAGCUGCAGCAGCAGAGAAACUUGCUCAAUAAGUCAAGUGCUGACUGAAUAACAAAGAGAGGCUCCCAAUAUUAUUCAUAAUAAAAGCGUGAAUACAGAAAGGAUAUCAGUCUCAAGCUAACAGUCAGUGAAGAUGGACGUCAGCGUCUCCGUGUCGUUCCUUCAAGACGAGCUCGCCUCUACCAUCGAGCACGCAGUGAAAGCGGCUGUAGACACCGUCUUGUGCCAAAUCACAAAAGUUGUCGGCGGCAAAUUCACUGAAUUCCAAAUGGAAAUGGCUGGAAAGGAGAAAGAGAAUGAAAGUCUGAAGCUGAGAUUGGAAAUAUCAGAGAGCGAGUUGAAAGCAGUGCGGGAAUGCAUGAACGCUGCAGAUGCAGACAUUAAACAACCUCUCAGAAACAUGAACCCCGACUGCAAUGAACAAGACUUUCAGAGGAACGAGAACCAGGGAUUAUUCAUCAGAGUUCAAGAUUCUGGAGAGAGACGUGCUUUCAGUGAAGCAGAGGAGGGGCCAGUGAUAGAAGCUGUUUACACAAAAGAGGAAAUCUGUGAUCAGGAGUGGUGUGGAAGAAUAAUGGAGAUUACAGACCUGACAAUUGUAGAAAGUAAAGAGAUCCCUGAACUUGAACCUGUCCACAUUAAAGAGGAGGCCGUAGAGCUGGAGUGUGAUCACAUCACAGAGGAAGUUAGUAAAGAAAAUAAAGUUGAUACACUGGAGGAGAAUAUAGUUAAGCUGGAAUCUAGCCGCUGUGAGGAUUGUCCUCCUGAACAGAUCUGCAUGAAACCCAAUCAGCCUGUCUCUGAAGACACUGGUUCUAGUGUUGGAGAAGAGGGCACUGUGCUGGGGUCCAUUCAGAGGAAACAUCACCCCCUUCAGGAAAGAGCUGCAGAUGGAAAGGAGGAAGGAGCGAUGCCGUCCACAAGCAGCACAGCAUCAGAUCUAGGAAGACGCACCUCCACUCCAGCACCCCAGAAUAAAAUCUCUUCUGAUGGGAAACUGCAGCGUAAUCAGAAACACAGAGAGUCGACACCCCAAGAUGAAUAUGUGAAGAAACUGAGAACUCGCUCGGCUCAGAAUCUUUCUGCACAAGAUAGCCGACCACUUCCUGUGGGAUAUACAGCGACUCCACAUCCCGACAGUUCUGCAACCCAGGGCAACUUCAUUUCCCUACAAACUCCCCAGCAGAUUCCUUCAGAGCAGAUCUUUUAUCACUGUACUGUAUGUGGCACCAAUUUCAGUGACCGGGGAAAGCUGAAAAGACACCAGCGUAUUCACACGGGGGAGAAACCGUUUCAGUGUUCUGACUGUGGGAGGCGUUUUAAUCACAAAGGUAACCUUCAAACACACCAGCGAAUUCACAAGGGAGAGAAACCAUUUCACUGUGCUGAUUGUGGGAGGCGUUUUAAUCAGAAAGGUUAUCUUCAAAAACACCAGCUAACCCACAGUACAGAUAAACUGUUUCACUGUGCUGAUUGUGGGAAGAGUUUUAAUCAGAAAGGUCCUCUUCAAAAACACCAGCGAAUUCACACAGGAGAGAAACCGUAUCAGUGUUCUGACUGUGGAAGGCGUUUUAAUCACAAAGGUAACCUUCAAACACACCAGCGAAUUCACAAGGGAGAGAAACCGUUUCACUGUGCAGAUUGUGGGAGGAGUUUUAAUCAGAAAGGUGAUCUUCAAAGACACCAGCGAACUCACAGUACAGAUAAACCAUUUAACUGUGCUGAUUGUGGGAAAGGUUUUAAUCAUAAAACUUUACUUGAAGCACACCAGCGAAUUCACAAGGGAGAGAAACCGUUUCAAUGUGUUGAUUGUGGGAAGAGUUUUAAUCAGAGAUGUGACCUUCAACAACACCAGCGAAUUCACGCAGGAGAGAAACCGUUUCAAUGUGCUGAUUGUGGGAAGACUUUUAAACAGAAAUAUAACCUUCAAACACACCAGCGAAUUCACACAGGAGAGAAACCGUAUCCGUGUUCUGACUGUGGGAGGCGUUUUAAUCACAAAUGUAACCUUCAAAGACACCAGCGAAUUCACACGGGAGAGAAACCGUAUGAGUGUCCUGACUGUGGGAGGAGUUUUCAUCAGAAAUCUAACCUUCAAUCACACCAGCUAACCCACAGUACAGAUAAACCGUUUCACUGUGCUGAUUGUGGGAAAGGUUUUAAUCAGAAAUGUGACCUUCAACAACACCAGCUAACUCACACAGGAUAGAAACCGACAGCUUUGAAAAUCCAUUUACAAACAUUAAUACUGAAGCUAAAUGGAAAAAACAUUUCAGUGAAAAACGAGGUGUAGUGGAGUCUGUUGAGGUCCCUCUAGGAGUAAGAUUUGACAGCAGAAGAAACCGGGAUGCAGGCACAUAUGAUCACGAUCCUGUAACUGACAAGUGUAUUUAUAUUCCAUUGUUAGAAACUUUAAAGUUUAUAUUUAGGAUUCCAGACAUUUGUAAUCCUAUUGUACAACCCUGUGAACAAAACGCGGUUUAUAAAGAUUUUUGGUGACGGCAGCUGCUAUUGAAAUCAUCCACUUUUCUCUCGGCAUAGAAAUGCAUUUCAAAUACAACUUUACUAGGAUGACUUUGAAACUGCAAACCCAUUAGGAUCCAAGCAAGGGAUACAUCAAAUUGGAAGCUUAUAUUUUAUUCUUAGAAAUCUUUCACCAAAGGUAAAUUCAGCACUAAUGAAUAUUCACCUUGUUUCACUGUUCCACACAGAAGAUAUUAAAAAGUAUGGGUUUAAUGCUAUACUACAACCUCACGUUGAUGAUUAAAAACAUUUUGUAAGUACUGGAAUUAAAGUUCAUUUUUCUGAAUAACCAAUUGAUGGUACAGUUGCUCAGGUCACAGGAGAUACCUUGGGGGUGCACACACUUCUGGGGUUCAGGGAAUCUUUCAGUUCAGUUUUUUUCUGUAGACUCUGCUUGAUUGAUAAGAAUGCGUCUCAGUCAGUAUUCAGCGACGAUGAUUCUAAUAUCAUAUUACGUGACAGAGUUUUGCAUGAACAGCAUUGCAAUGAUCUGUUAGCAGACCCUACAUGACCCUCCUCCUUUGGAAUGAAGCGAUAUUGUUUGCUGAAUGACUUACAGUUUCUUUCACAUUUCUGAUCAUUUUGCUUUUGAUAUUAUGUGCGAUGUCCUCGAAGGCGUCCCCCAGUAUGAAAUGAAGUUGCUUUUUGGCUCUCUCUCUGACAGUGUCAUCUCCAAGCAUGACAUCAUUGAUAGAAUUCACUCUUAGAAUUAUGGUUUGUUGGAGAGAAAGAAUCGUCCAAGGUUCAAUCUAGAGCAGUCUGGCAAUGGGAUAGAGCUCAAUGCGAUGCAGGCAGCAGUGUGGAGUAGUGGUUAGGGCUCUGGACUCUUGACCGGAGGGUCGUGGGUUCAGUCCCAGGUGGGGGGACACUGCUGCUGUACCCUUGAGCAAGGUACUUUACCUAGAUUGCCUCAGUAAAAACCCAACUGUAUAAAUGGGUAAUUGAAUGUAAAAAUAAGGUGAUAUCUUGUAACAAUUGUAAGUCACCUUGGUUAAGGGCGUCUGCUAAGAAAUAUAUAAUAAUAUUCAAACAUUCUGCUUAAUUAAAAAUAUUCCUCUAAUAUUUGGAGACAUUGUAAAUGAGGGAAACAAAAAUCGGAGCUUGCUUCUGAUGUUGUUAAAUAUUUUCAAUAUUGUUUUUUCACCAGUGAUUACUGAGGGUAUGACAGUGUAUCUCAAGCACCUAAUUGCAGAACAUCAUAAGCUUUUCAGAGAGCUAUACCCACAAUGCAAUUCGAUUCCAAAGCACCAUUUCAUGAUCCAUUAUCCCAGAUGCAUCAGAAAAAUAGGUCCAUUAUUGCAUUUCUGGGCAAUGAGAUUUGAGGCAAAGCACAAGUUUAUUAAAAACAGUGUCAAGAAUUUCAAAACUAUUACCAAAUCACUGGCCCAAAAACACCAAAUAGCUACAGCAUGCCACUGGGAGUCUUUAUCAAUAAAGACUAUUGAAUGUGGACCUCUUAAAACACGAGCUUUAAAUGAUUUUCCUGACUGUGAAAUUAUAGCGGAAAAACUGCAAGGUGGUUUGGAUUGUGACAUUAAUAUUACUUCUAGGAUUAGAUACUCAGGAACUGAAUAUCGGACCGGCCGUCUGAUUUGUAUAAAAAUAGAAGACGAAAUUCUGGUAUUUAGUAAAAUAACUGGAAUUGUUCGAGAAGCUGAACACUAUUUUUUAGCGGCAUCUGAAUUUGAAACAGAUUGUUUUGUAGAACAUCUUCAUUCAUUUCAUGCGAGAGGAACAUGGAAAAACGUUCCAUUUGAUCUUCAGACUUCAUAUGGCUUUGAAGAACCUGAUUUACAUGCGGUUCCAGUGAGUUAUUUAAUGUAGAUGCCAACCACAACAUUGUAUUUUGAUUUGAAGUUCUAUAGUUUUGGAAUUGAAAUAAGUAUCAUGGCACUUUGAGGGCUGGUUAUGCAAUGGGAAUUUCUAUAAAUAUGGAGAUAUAAAGGAAGAUGUAAAUAUCACUCCUUCCACAGAAGGUGCAGGUUUGUCACUGCUUCCAUUGAAUUGAGGAGAUUUAGAAAUCGCAGCCAAAAGUGUGUUCACAAAGAACGUCCAAAAUAUGAGAUCCAAAGGCAACCAAACCACUCACUGUGGACACAAACUUUUGGCUGUGAUAUCAAAAUCUCCCGAGUUAAAGUGAAACAGUAACACAAUGUCAUGUUCUGGAGUUAAAUGCAUUUGUGUGAAUUACAAGUUGGGCUAAGAAAUAGUACAAAAUAACCCAGGAUGGCAGUGAGGACAUUUUGAUUUGUAAAAUGAUAUUCAAGUGUACUUUUUUUUUCCUUUACCAGCAGUUAUUCUUGUGGAUGAACACUGUUGUCUAAAAGUAACUGACAUCCAAAAAUUAUAAACUGUACUUGGUGUCCAAAAGGUGUAUUUUGUGAAAUAAAUGCUUUAAUUUAAUAGA